CACGUAUGUGAGGUGAACAAUGCUUAGAUCUUCUUCCGGAAAUAUUCAGACAGUAUUUUCACUUUAUUCACUACAACUGUAAAGAAAAGAAGAAGAACAGUUAGAAGACAAGUAGAAGAAAAUUGUUUGUUAUAAAUGUAGAAUGUGUAGAACAGACUCGAAUAAUCAUUCCAGAGAAAUCAUGGGAAAAAAUAUGUUAGCUAUACAACAGCCUUCACAGCAGGAAUGGGUCAUCGACGUUAAAUCAAAGCUCCAAUAUGCUAGCCGCUCGGCAGAAGAAGCGCUUUGGAGCCAGCACUCGAUUUACAGGGUGCCUGCAGGCUUCGGGGAUCCCAGCCGCAGCAAGGCCUACAAGCCUCAGGUGGUCUCUUUCGGACCAUACCAUCAUGGGAAGCCCCGCCUUAAACCGAUGGAAGAGCACAAACAUAGAGCUCUCCUUCACUUCCUUCAAAGGAGUGACAAAACGCUCGACGAUUUCAUGGAGGCGUUGGAGGAAGUAGUGGAAGAACUGAUGGACUCCUACAAGCAGCUGGAUAAGGCAUGGAGACAUCGAGAUAAAUUUUUGAAGCUGAUGAUCUUCGAUGGAUGUUUCAUGCUUGAGAUCUUCAAAACGAGCGAAGAUGUCCCUAUUGACUAUGCAUACAAUGACCCAAUCUUCAGUAAACAUGGAAAACUAUGUAUCAUGCCUCAUAUAAAGAGAGACAUGUUGAUGAUCGAAAACCAACUUCCUCUGCUGGUGCUGAAGACGUUAGUAGCUGUUCAAAGUGGAAAUCCCAAGGAUGAGGAAUACAUAAACCAACUCGUAAUGAAUUUCUUUGCUACUGGUUCCUCAACAUCUAAAAUGGGCCAGCGCCUCCAUGUGUUGGAUGUGGUUAGGCAGAGCAUGCUUCCAGAUCUCGUGACUGGAGGAAAAUCUACCCAAAACAAAUCGGCCACCAAAAGCACUACAGAUGUGAUCUGGCCCGCCACGGAGCUUCAUGAUGCCGGAAUCCAGUUUAAGAUGAAGGAAACCCAAAUGCUAAAGAUCGAGUUCAAAGGCGGCAUACUCACACUCCCUCAGAUCAUAGUUGACGAUGCCACUGAAUCCAAAUUCCUCAAUCUAAUGGCAUUUGAGCAAUUUCAUGCGGGUGCUGGCACUGAAGUGAGUUCAUAUGUAUCAUUCAUGGACAAUAUUAUCGACACGGAGAGAGAUGUAAUCCUUCUCAACAAGAAAAAGAUAAUCAAGAAUUUUGUGGGGACGGAUAAGGCUAUAGCGAAGCUCUUCAAUGGUAUCUCUCAGGACGUGUCGUUCGAUCCAGACAAUAGCCUAGGGGAGGUGCAUAAGAAGGUGACUGCUUACUGCAAUAAGAAAUGGAACCGUUGGCGGGCCAACCUCUGGCACACCUACUUCAGAAGCCCAUGGGCUUUGCUUUCCGUCUUGGCUGCCAUUUUCCUUCUUGGCGUCACUGUUACCCAGUUCGUCUAUAGCCUCAUCGAUUUCUAUCAUUCAAAGGCCUAAAUUCAUUUUGCUCUCUCUCUCUCUCUCUCUCUCUCUCUCUCUCUCUCUCUCUCUCUCUCUCUCUCUCUCUCUCUAUCUGCAUUGCUUUUGCAUCUUUUUCUAUCUUGUCAUUGUUGUCAUUGUUUCGUCUUCAUCAUCAUCUUCUUCUGGCUAAUUUAGGAAUUGUGAGUGUGAUUUGAACCAUUCAUGAAGUGGGACCUUCUAUUUUUACUCCAUGUCUACGAAAUCAUGCCCCUUCAUUCAGAUGGUCCCUUUUCUUGGCUGUGGGCCUUUGUUCCUUCCGGAUAUGAGUGAAAGAGUUCAAUACAUCAGAUGCUAGGUACAGUGGUUUCUUUUCCAGACAGCUUUAUGAAAUGGGAACGGAGGAAAGUGGUUUACAAUGACAUCCAAAUGGGCCCUUAAUGCCUUUGUGGCUUUAUGUUUACACCAAUGGCAUUUGAUUGUGUAUUGUAAUAUUUGAAGUUUGAAGAAUAAUUUUCAAGUGUGGUAUUAUCAUCCACUGCCUGUCCUUGGAUAUAAGCUAA